AUGAAGAUCCCAUGGCUUAUCUGCGGGAUUUCCGCCGCAGUCUACGGCUUGAAUGCCCCCUUCCAGACAUACCCCGACUGCCGCAAUGGGCCUUUGGCUCAGAACAAGGUGUGUGACCGCAGCCUGCCCCCGGCCCAGCGAGCAGCCGCCCUCGUCGCCGCCAUGGUCAACGAGGAGAAGCUGCAGAACCUGGUGAGCAAGUCAAAUGGGGCACCACGUCUCGGCCUGCCGGCGUACAACUGGUGGAGCGAAGCACUCCACGGUGUCGCCUACGCGCCCGGAACGCAGUUCCGGGACGGACCGGGGGACUUCAAUUCGUCGACCUCGUUUCCCAUGCCGCUGCUGAUGGCUGCAGCCUUCGACGACGAGCUGAUUGAAAAGAUUGGCGCUGUCAUCGGCAUUGAGGGGCGCGCCUUUGGCAACGCCGGCUGGUCGGGCCUGGACUACUGGACCCCGAAUGUCAACCCGUUCAAGGAUCCCCGCUGGGGCCGCGGCUCCGAGACGCCCGGCGAGGACGUGCUGCGAGUCAAGCGCUACGCCGCUUCCAUGAUCCGCGGGCUCGAAGGCCCCGGGCCGGAGCGGCGCAUCGUGUCGACCUGCAAGCACUACGCGGGCAACGACUUUGAGGACUGGAACGGCGCCACACGGCACAACUUCAACGCCAAGAUCACGCUCCAGGAUCUGGCCGAGUACUAUCUCUCGCCGUUCCAGCAGUGCGCCCGCGACUCGCGCGUCGGGUCCAUUAUGUGCGCCUAUAACGCCGUCAACGGGGUGCCGUCGUGCGCCAACUCGUACCUGUUGCAGACCAUCCUGCGCGAGCACUGGAACUGGACCGAGCACGACAACUAUGUCACGAGCGACUGCGAGGCCGUCCUCGACGUGUGGGCCAACCACCACUACGCCAAGUCCAACGCCGAGGGCACCGCCAUGUGUUUCGAUGCCGGCACCGACACCAGCUGCGAGUACCAGGGGUCAUCCGACAUUCCGGGGGCCUGGUCCCAGGGCCUGCUGAAGGUGCCGACCAUCGACAGAGCCCUGCGCCGGCUGUAUCAGGGCCUGGUGCGCGUGGGAUACUUUGACGGCGCCGACUCGCCACACGCCGCCCUCGGAUGGGCCGACGUCAACCAGCCCGAGUCGCAGCGGCUGGCUCUUCAAGCAGCCGUUGAGGGCACUGUCCUGCUCAAGAACGACGGCACACUGCCGUUGAAGAAGAAGCCCUCCCCGAAGGUCGCUAUGGUGGGCUUCUGGGCCGACGCCCCUGACAAGCUAUCCGGGGGCUACAGCGGGACGCCGGCGUUCCAGCAUUCGCCCGCCUUCGCAGCGCGCCAGAUGGGCUGGCAAGUCAAGACGGCCGGCGGUCCCGUGCUGCAGAGCACGUCGGCAAACGACUCAUGGACCGUCUCGGCCGUCGACACGGCUAAAGACGCCGACUACAUCCUCUACUUUGGCGGGCUCGACACCUCGGCAGCAGGCGAGACAAAAGACCGGCAGACAAUCGACUGGCCAGGCGCCCAGCUCGCCCUGAUCCGCCGUCUCGGCGAGCUCAACAAGCCCCUAAUCAUAAUCCAACUCGGCGACCAACUCGACGACAGUCCCCUCUUCGCUCUCCCUGCCGUCAACGCAAUUCUGUGGGCCAACUGGCCGGGCCAAGACGGCGGCACCGCCGUGAUGCGCCUCCUCAGCGGCGCCGCCUCGCCCGCGGGCCGCCUUCCAGUCACUCAGUACCCAGCCAACUACACGGCCGCCAUCCCCAUGACCGAGAUGUCCCUCCGCGCGUCCCCGGGCCGCACCUACCGCUGGUACGCCACGCCCGUCAGACCGUUUGGCUUCGGCCUGCACUACACCACCUUUUCCGGGCGCCUGUCCAACCCCUUUAAGCGUAACCGGGGCGGCAAUAACAACAACAACAACAACAAGAUCUCCAUAUCUUCCCUCCUUGAGGGGUGCCACGGUCAUCAACACAAAGACACCUGCCUGCUGCCGCCCAUCCCGGCAAGCAUCACCAACACGGGCAGGGAACACACGUCCGACUACGUCGCGCUGGCCUUCCUGUCGGGCGAGUUCGGCCCCAGGCCGUACCCCAUCAAGACGCUGGUCUCGUACGCGCGGGUGCGGGAUAUCGCGCCGAGGAGGGAGAAGAGUGCGCAGCUCGGGUGGACGCUGGGCAGUCUGGCGCGGGUGGAUGAGCAGGGGAAUACGGUGCUCUAUCCGGGGAGGUAUAAGAUCUCUUUGGAUGUGAAUGGGGACUCAUCGGGGUUUGAGUUUGAAUUGGUUGGGGAGCAGGUCGUGUUGGAUCAGUGGCCUGCUCCGCCGUCGGCUUAG